AUGUCCAUGACCGAAGCCGAGUGUGCGCAAGCCCGGGAAGGCUUCCCCAGGCCCUACCCAGAUACGCCUACCAAUGUCCUGGAACAGUUUAAAAUGACUGGAAAGGUCGUUGUAGUCACUGGAGCUGCUGAAGGUAUUGGAUAUGCCGUUGCGGAGGCCAUGGCGGAGGCGAACGGCGCUGUCGCUUUAUGGUAUAACUCAAAUGAUGUCGCUAUCCAAAAAGCAGAGGCUUUGGCUAAGACUCAUGGGGUUAAGGCUGCAGCGUACAAGGUGAAUGUAUCGGACCACGAAGAAGUCGAGAAGACCAUAUCAGAUGUGCUCAGAGAAUUUGGAAGAAUUGAUGUUUUUAUCGCUAAUGCUGGAGCGGCUAUUUCAAAGCCAAUACUCGAACAGACACUAGACGAGUAUAAGAAGCAGAUGUCCGUUAAUGUUGACGGGGUGGUAUACUGCGCCAAGUAUGCAGGAGAGGUGUUCAAGCGCCAGGGCACAGGAAACUUCAUCAUCACAUCGAGUAUGAGCGCGCACAUUGUAAAUGUGCCGGUGGAUCAACCCGUAUACAAUGGGAGUAAGGCCUUUGUUACUCAUUUCGGCAAAUGUCUUGCUCGUGAAUGGCGAGAGUUUGCCCGAGUGAACAUUGUAUCCCCAGGCUUCUUCGAGACCAAAAUGGGCGCAAGCCCCCGUGUGAUCAACGAGGCUUAUCGUAUGUCGUCCCUUGGUCGACAAGGUCAUGUAAAGGAGAUCAAGGGCUUGUACCUUUAUCUCGCUAGUGAUGCCUCUACCUACACCACUGGAAGUGACAUGAUUAUUGACGGUGGCUAUGUCCUUCCUUGACGCAAGCAUUGAAUGAAUUAUGGUUUUAUGGCACCAGGAAAACCCUUGGCCUAAUAUACUGGAGGUAUUUGUUGAUUCUAGAUAGUGUAUAUAGUGAGGGAGAUUUCUAUUUACAAGAUAAGACUUCCCAAAUUAUGAACUUCUAUAAGCGCGAUGUAAGUCUAUAAACGGUGAAUAAGAUAC